AUGGGGCCCAAUUUUCCCGAGGCCCUGGCCAUUGCGCCCCAAGCGCCCAGCACAGGCGCCGACGACGUCGCAUGGGCCCAUGACAGUGCGGACGACAUUGCGCAGUACGGCAUCGCAGGCCGGAUCUGGGAGUCGGCAUUCCUUGUCGAGUCGUACGUACAUGCCCCCAGCACAUGGACAUGGGAUCCGCCGCGCACCAUCGUAGGCGCGCCUCAGGCACGCACGAUUUUGGAGUUGGGCUCAGGCGUAGGCACAGCAGGUCUCACGACAGCUAUGGCUCUUGAUACACGGCAGACGCACGACUUGAUCGUGACAGACCUGCCGGACGUCUGUCCGCUCUUGGCUAGAAACACACGCGACUUCCAUCGCGAGGGCGUUCGCGUGCAUGUUCGGCCUUUGGCGUGGGGCGAUCAGGACGCAGCGCGGCGCAUCCUGCACGAGUUUCGUCCUACGCACCUCCUCUGCUCCGACCUGGUGUACUUCCCCGACUUGCUGGCGCCGCUUCUCCACACGCUAUUGGACGUGACCGACCGCGUGCCGGACGCUCAGGUGGUCAUAGCGUACAAAAUCCGCUCGCUGACCAAGGAGCAGCCAUUUUGGACGGCGCUGGGCGUUUGGUUCGAUAUGGCAUGGACGCAGUGCAGCACAGGUCCCGACCAGCCGCUCGCUCCGUUCGGAAGUCACGCCUCGCACUUCGUGCACAAGCCGCCGUGCGAUGCGCAAGGCAAGCCGCUGGACGACUUCUUCGUGCUCGUCGCCCACCGCAAGUCGCAUACGCUUACAUGGACGCGGCCAUCGGCGCCGGCCACUCUGCUGAGCGGCAUGCACAUGGUCGACGGGCUUGCUGUGCCAGGCGAGGGCACAGACACGUUUGAGUGGAUGAUACUGAGUUCAGCGAGUGAUGCAUAUCUACAUUAG